AUGAGCUCCUUUCCCUUUGAAGGCGUUGAGUUCAUUGAGACUCCUGCUGCCCCAAAGCCAGAGCCUUCCAACACUAAAUGCGGUGUGAGGACGUCUGAUUCACCUUCGAUCAAGAAUGGGCCUUUACCAGCUGACGGCCCAAGUUCGAAACAUUUUUCCAACUUGACUGUUCUUGCCCUCAUCACUGGUAUUCCAUUCUAUGUUACCAGAAAGCUCGGUGGUGGUAUUAAAACGUUCAUUUUCUUCUUUUUGUUGUUCGUUUUGCCAAUUCUCAUGGCCUACUGGACCGUCGCUUCCACUUAUUCGCCCCGUUUGAACGAGAAGGCCCAGUUUCCUGGCAAGCCAAUUGAGCACUACUUGACAUUCCACGAUGAGAAGCUGGCCCAGAAAUACCAUGGUAAAAAAAUUCCAAUGGAAACCUUCCACGAAUUGUACUUCGCCAACAAAGUGUCUUUCAAUGGAGACGCUCUCGAAGUCUUGGAAUACAGACACGACUGGGCCCAAUUUUCUUUCACCUUGUCUUUAUUCAAGUUCUUUUUGCUAGGUAUGAUCCCAGAGGUGAUUAUGCACACCAGAUCUCAGGACGAGGAACAGGUUAGAGACCACUAUGACCGUGGUGACGAUUUCUACGCUUGGUUUUUGGGCUCAAGAAUGGUUUAUACCAGUGGUGUAGUGUCCGACAUUACAACUGAAGAGUCACUUGAACAAUUGCAGGACAACAAAGUGAAAAUUGUGUGUGACAAGAUCGAUCUACAACCAGGAGAAUAUUUGCUAGACUUGGGCUGCGGCUGGGGUACCCUUGCCACCUACGCUUCUAAAGUCUACAAUGCAAAGGUCACCGGUAUCACCUUGGGUAGAAACCAAACCAAGUGGGGAAACGGAAAGUUGGAAUUGCAAGGUAUUCCGCAAUCCCAAUCCCGUAUUGUUUGUGCUGAUUACAGAGACACUCCUUUGGCUACCCCUGAAGGCAAGAAGUAUGACAAGAUUACCUGUCUGGAGAUGGCCGAACAUGUUGGAAUUAGAAAAUUCGGUUCAUUCCUCGCACAAGUUUAUGACAUGUUGGAAGAUGAUGGUCUCUUUUUCUUGCAAAUUGCCGGUUUGAGAAAGUCCUGGCAAUACGAGGAUCUCAUUUGGGGUCUUUUCAUGAACAAGUAUAUUUUCCCUGGUGCUGACGCUUCUACGCCAUUGGAUUUCGUCGUUGCAAAGCUGGAAGCUGGCGGGUACGAGGUCGUCUCUAUUGACAAUAUCGGUGUUCACUAUUCGGCCACUUUGUGGAGAUGGUACAGAAACUGGAUGGGGAACAAGGACUUGGUCGUUAACAAGUAUGGUAUCAAGUGGUUUAGAAUCUGGGAGUACUUCCUCGCCUCUUCUACUAUUAUCUCAAGACAGGGAUCUGCUACUUGUUUCCAAAUCGUUCUCAGAAAAAACAUCAACUCUUACCAUCGUAUUGAAUACGUUCCUCAUCAAAAGGGUUUGUUGACUCCAGUGAAGGAAGGUGUCAGCAAAUGGUUCAAAUGA